UAUGGCGUUUGAGUUGCGGGUGCGGGAGAGGACUCUUCCCGUAGCUGACACACAGGCCAGUGGGGGACACGAGACUAUUCUUAACCUUAUUUCUAGCCUGCAUCUCAGCUCAGAUUAUAGUGACUUAAAGAUUAUUUGCAGGGAUAGGAUCUUCCGGGCUCAUAAACUUCUUGUUUGUCCCAGAUCGAAGUAUUUCCACCGGGCUUGCUUUGCCGGGUUCAAGGAAACCGUUCUGGAAGAGAAAAGCCCGAUCUUGAUUGAGAAGGUGCUAGAAUAUCUGUACACAGGCAAUUAUACUCUCGGAUGCCGUACGAAUAAAGCGCUGACCCCACUGAAUGAUAACGAUGGAGAGCCAAGAAUGAACACAAACCACACAAGACCGCCGUUCAUAUAUUUCUCAUCAAGGAGGCGUGCCAGAGUUAAGUAUGCGGCAGAAAUGGAGGAGCUCGCCAAUGAAACCGCUGUAGCAGCUGUAGAAGAUACAGGGGAUGGAUUUGUUGAUGGGUUACAGGUGAAUGAGAAAGCUCCAACUGAGAAAGGAGAUAUCGUGAAGCCAGCUGUCGAUACAUUAACUGACUGUCAACCAUGGUACUUCCAUGUACGCAUGUAUAGCGAAGCGGAUUACUUCAUGAUUGACGAUUUGAAAACCAAAGCAGAGGAACAAUUUCUUGUGUGUCUGAUGAAUUGCUCCGAAAAUGAUUCGUUUUCGGAAAUAAUAGCGGAGCUCUAUUCAAGACGAGCCGACUAUGGAAAGCUACGGAAGCUGGCGCUCAAAGUGAUAGUCGACAACUUGCCGACCUUCAGAAAGGGAUUCAACCCGGUAAUAAAUUCAAAACUGAUGCAAUCGGUUCCUGAUUUUGCUGUUGAUCUAUGUCUACCGACAAUAGACAAGUACGUGGGUGAGCCGCACAUGAAACCAUAUCCAUUCCCUACGGGUUUUGAAUACAAGGACGUCGACUACAUGGUUCGUCCCGGGGCCCUGUAG